GUUAACCUCGAUUUUACGUCAUGUGUUUCCAACUCCGCAAACAGGGCAUACGGUACUUGUUACCUGGGAAGUGUUGCAAGCUGACUAAGCCCUCAAGGCGCUUCAUGCAGCAGUACGCGCGAUGCAUAUAAACGUCAAAUGAACUGAUCCUAGGCAAGGCGGUACCGGCUUAUUCGCUUACGCAGUGUAUGGUUCCACUAGAAUUGCACUCACUUUAUUAGCCUAGUCACUCUGCGUACAGUCCGUGGCGAGAUUGUAUGAGGGACAUAUAAGCUUGCUUUUCUAGCUUCAUUGUGCUAUGGAUGGCUUAGAACCCCGCGCCAAGCGGCAGAAGAUGGCUGCAGCUAGCAAUGCGGCGGCGGUGCCUGUGACCGCUUAUCGUUACAAUCAGAAGAACGUGUUUUCGUUAUUGCUCCAAAGUGGUGGACUAGAGACGCCGAUUAUUUUUGAGGCGCAGCACACAUUCGCCGUGCUCGACAAGUACCCUGUCGCUCGCGGCCAUGCGUUGCUUAUUGUGAAGCAUCCUGCGGCUACACUGCUGGACGAUCUUCCACCCGCGGCAGCGCAGGCAGUGUUCACAGACCUGCAAGCGCUAUCGCGUGCUCUCCAGCGCGCGACGGGCUGCAUCGGUCUGCGCAUCGUGCAGAACAAUGGCCCUGCCGCAGGCCAGACGGUCCCACAACUACACUUCCACCUCGUUCCUGUCUUCGAAGGGGAAACUCUUUCUCCCGGUGCCUCAUCUGCUCCACUCAGCGCAACGCCUCGCGCUCAGCUUUCGGCCAUGGAUGCCGGACCGUUGCUAGCCCACAUCCGCAACCUGCUUCCGGAAGCCUACGCGCCCGGAUACCACGUCUGGGCCACAACAGAGGCCGAGAUGGAGGCCCUGGGAUGCUCGCUGCAGCAGGCCUGCAGCGCCCCAGGCACCGUUGUGGCGUUAAGCGGUCAGCUGGGCGCCGGCAAGAGCACCAUCAGUCGCGGCUUCGUUCGCGCCUUUGUCCGCGACCCGCUGCUUGAGGUGCCCUCCCCCACCUUCCUGCUGUGCCUGACCUACCAGGACGACACCGCCUACGAAAAGGAGAGCGGCUGCGGCACCUGCAACACCAGCCGCAGCACCGGCAGCGCCAGCCACACGGAUGAACAGACGCAUGCAGCUGCACUGCAGCAAGCCACGGACGAAACAACCGCACCCCUCGCAGCGGCACCCGCAGCAGCAGCAGCCUUACAGCCACCAUCAGCACCUCCACCAGCCGCAGCCGCUGCUGCCGCGGCUCGUGCGGGCAGUGUGCACCACAUGGACCCCUACCGCCUGGGCGCCAAGAACGACAAGAUGGCGGGGCUGAUCGACUUCGAGGCGGCGUUCCGGCGGGACGUGUGCCUGAUCGAGUGGCCGGACCGCAUGCCGGCCGCGGUGAUGGCGCUGGCGCGGGAGGGCCUGGCGGUGGAGGUCAGCGGCAUGGGCGCGCAGGCAUCCGGCCGCCUGGUGUCCGUCUCGCCGCUCGGCACGCGCUUCCACCCGCCUCCGCCCAAGGCAGGCAAGGGAGGCAAGGCUAAGCAGACCCCUCCACAGCCGCAGCCUCAGCAGGAAGGAGCGGUGGCUACGGAGGCGGCUGGGCCAGCUGCUUCCGCUGCCUCUGACGGCACUGCUGCUACUGCUGCUGCCCCGGUUGCCCGCCCCACGGGAGACGGCGCCGGCGCCGCUCCCGGCAGCAACAACGACAGCAACAACGACACCGGCACCAGCUCCUGCAGCAGCGCUGGGACCGCGUAUGCCCCGCUGCUUCACAGGUGGCGGCGGGACUACCCUGACCGCCUGCCCCCCGCUGACGUGGCAUGGCGCGGUACGGCGGAGGCUGGUUCCGGAGCACUGGGUACGGCAGGACUACUGGCGGGUAGCGGCAGCGGUGCGGCGGCUGCAACCACCACCACCAUCAAUGCCGCGGCUGCGGCGGCGCUUGCGAGCGGCGACCCCUCCCAGUGGCUGGUGCUGGGCAUUGAGAGCAGCUGCGACGACACCGCGGCGGCGGUGGUGCGGGGGGACGGCACCGUGCUGUCACACCAGAUCGCUUCCCAGACCGGGCUGCAUGAGCAGUACGGCGGUGUGAAGCCCGAUGUGGCUCGCCAGGCGCAUGCGGCUGCCAUCCAGGCCACUGUCGACUCCGCGCUCGCUGCUGCGGCGGUGGAGCCGGGGGCCCUCACCGCGGUGGCGGUCACGGCUGGACCCGGGCUGGCGCUGUGCCUGCAGGUGGGGGUGCAGCACGGGUUGGCGCUGGCUGCCCGCCACGGCCUGCCGUACGUGCCGGUGCACCACAUGGAGGCGCACGCCAUGAUGACCCGGCUGCCCUCCGUCAAUGAGAGCCCCAUGCAGUUCCCCUCGCUGCUGCUGCUGGUGUCGGGCGGUCACAACAUGCUGGUGCUGUGCGAGGGGGUGGGCAGGCACCGCAUCAUCGGGACCACGCUGGACGACUCGGUGGGCGAGUGUUUUGACAAGAUCGCGCGCAUGGCGGGGAUCAGCGCGGUGCCGGGCGGGCCCCACUUGGAGCGCCUGGCCGCCUCCGCGCAACCCGAGGCGCACACCCGCUACCCGCUCACCAUGCCGCUAGCCAACGGCGCGCAGAAGGACUCCUGCAACUUCUCCUUCUCAGGCCUCAAGACCCAAGUGGCCGCCCUCAUCGCACAGAAGCGCAAGGAGCUGCGGCUGCCGGACCUCCCCCCGCCUCCGGCGCUGGCGGCGCUGGCGGCAGCGGCGGCGGCGGGGGCUGCCACCGCCAGCGGCGGCGCGAGCAAGAGCGCGGACGGAGACAGAGCCGCCGGGUCGGAUGGAGGUGCGGCCGCGGAGGGUGUGGCAGAAGCGGCGGCGGCGGCGGCUCCUGAGGCGAAGGAGGAGGUGCUAACGGAGGCGGAGGUGGCGCGGCGGGCGGCUGCGGAGGUGGAGUUCACGGCGGCGUGUGCGGACAUCGCGGCGUCAUUCCAGCGUACCGCCGUGCGGUUCCUGCAGCAGCGCACGCGGAGGGCGCUGCAAUGGCUGCGAGACGACGCCAUGCAACAGCUGGGGGCAGCAGCGGCAGCAGCCACAACAGCUGCGGGCCCCGACGGCUCCUCCGGCCAGCCGCAGGCAGCUGCACAGCCCGGCAGCGGCCACCAGCCCGGCUUCGUUCGUUCGCUGGUGGUUGCUGGCGGCGUGGCGGCUAACAGCGCGGUGCGGGCGGGGCUGAGCGAGGUGGCGGCGGAGUUCGGGCUGCCGUGCGUGUACCCGCCCGUGAGGUACUGCACAGACAAUGGGCUGAUGGUCGCGUGGACGGGAGUUGAGCGGCUCAAGAUGGGGCUCUACCAGCAGCCGCCGCGGCUGCGGGAAGAGGCGGCGCUGGACAUGCACGUGCAGGUCAUCCCCAGGUGGCCCAUCGGCCCCAUGGACCCGCGCAGCACCGCCAACAAGGGCCGGGCGCACAUCAAGCUGCUGCACUAACGCAGGGUACACAGGCCGGCUUGUUGGCCAGGUAGUGCAUGGCACAUGGUAGUCAUAUGUCCUACGAGUCAGCAAGGCGGUUGUCCUUCGUCCUUGGAAAACACUGGAAAGCGGCGGCAGGAUGGGCCUUGUAAGGAGAGGCGCACUUCGCAGGCACUGGGUCUAUGUCCCGUUGUUGCACGCAGGCGCACAGCACAUCAACAUGGGUGGCACACUCCUGUCACGGCUGGUCGCCCGCGCUGGUCCAAAAGUUCGAAGGAUCGACGUGUUUUGUCAAAAUAUGUGGC